AUGCACCAUACAUACUGUCCAGAUCCUGACCAAAUGUGUCAAGAUCUGAUUGCCCUGUUCCAACAUAUGGAAGCGGAUCGAGCUGAGGUGCUGUUAUCGGAUAGUCGGAUAAGUUCGAUGCGUGUCACAUUGGAGCGUCUCAUGUCAGCUGUGGAACAGUUUCAACGACUCCGGGACACCGGUCCAUCUGAUGAGCAACAGAUCACAGCCCAGCUGGAACAAGAAAUGCGCGCAACCAUGGAUGCGAUACGCGCCGCCGAGGAGAAGUUCCAUGUGAGUGUUACUGUUUUGCUCGUUCUCGGUCAGGGUUUACUGACAUAUUGA